UCGGGUACAUGUAUUGAUGUAGUACGAGCAGGAGUCCAUAUAUUUAAGACAGGGCAUCCAAUGAUGCGUAUCUGAUACAUGUAUCAUGAUAUCCAAGCAGCGAACAAGGAUCAUUAUGCUAACCACAAAGGAUAUGAAUCUUGGACCAAUGCCUUUCAUUGAUUGUACUUUCUUUAGACCUUGUUUUAUUCUUUCUUUUAUUUUACCUGUAUGAUCAAAUUAUCCUUCUAUUGAAAAUCUAUUAAAAAAAAGUUUAUCAAAAAAAGAAAAUCUAUAAAAAAAAUGAGAAAUCCUUCCUGGUUCCCUACAAGAAACCAUGUGUAUCUUCGCUGCACAAAUUCAUGAUUAUACAUUUAGUUCACAUCCACAUCAUCUGAGAUUGAGAUAAAUGAUGCAUAUCCACUACUCCAACUCGAAGAGAAGGAUCUCAUUGUUGUGAUGAAGGAGAUUAAAUGAUGCAUAUCCUACAUGUACUGAUACAGUAUGAGUGGGAGGAGUCUAUCUAUUUAAGACAUGACAUCCAAGCCAAGGAUCAUUGUGCUAAUCCAACCAGACAUUAGCCAUGUCCAGUGUAUACGCUUGCACGUUGUCCUUCUUCCUUGCCGUGCUAAAUCCGGUGAUCCUCGCCCUUGGUGCCGCCGGAAGCAGCGGUGAGGCCGGAUUCAGCCUGCCCCUCGUGCCCCAUUACCGCACUGCAGCAGGCGUACUUGACGAGCUCCUGCUGGAAGGUGAUGCCGAGGGCGGCAUGAACAUCACGUCCAUACGCCCCAAGAUGAUCCCAUAUUCGGGGGCCAUAUACAGUGUCCGUGUCGGCAUUGGCAGCGGCGAAACCCAGCACUUCUACAAGCUCGCGCUCGAUCUCGUCCACCCCCUAACGUGGAUGAGGUGCCAACCAUGCAUACCGGAGAAGAAGCAGGAUGGCUCCGUCUUCAACACUGCCGUCUCCCCUCAUUACCACUUCAUUGCGUCCACAGAUCCUCGUUGCACGGCUCCGCACAAGCGCGCCGGCCAGGGGCAGGGCCGGUGCACCUUCGAAAUCAAGUUCCAGUACGAGCGCUCAAGAGCGCACGGCCUCCUUAGCACCGACGACUUUGUCUUCGACGGCAGCGGCCCCGGCAGCCCCAUCAGCGGUGUGGGCGGCCUUGUCUUCGGCUGCGCGCACACCACGCACAACUUCAUUAACCACGACAUCUGGGCCGGCGUCAUGAGCCUCAACAGGCACCCGACCUCCUUCAUCCGGCAGCUCUCGGACCGCGGCCUCGCCGCCUCGUGCUUCUCGUAUUGCCUCGUUGGCAGGGAGCACGACAACCAGCGUGGCUUCCUCCGGUUCGGCGCCGACAUCCCGGACCAGUCGCACACACGGAGCACAAAGCUGCUGCACGGAGAACUCGCCCAAGGAGGAGGCAUGUACUACGUCCGCCUCGACGGCAUCAGCCUGGGCGGGCGAAGGCUCACGGCGAUCACGCCGGCGAUGUUCGAACGCAACCCGCACAGCCUCCACGGCGGGUGCAUCCUCGACAUUGGGACGGCGGACACCUUGUUGACUCCAGACGCGUACCGUGUCCUGGUGGCCGAGGUCGUGGCGCACAUGCACUGCCGCGGGGUGCACCGCGCGACUGUGCCGGGGGUGCAGAAGCUGAAACUCUGCUUCCACGGGACGUGGCAGAGUAUCCGCGCGCACUUACCGAGCAUGACGCUCCACUUCAACCCGGAAUCAGCCGUGCUCUAUAUCAAGCCGGAGCUGCUGUUCGUGGCGGUGACGCACGAACAUACCAAAAACACUGUAUCUCGAAAAGUUUCUGCUUCCAGGUUUACCCAUUUGUGUGAAAGUGACUUCUUGAUCAGUUGGAUGGCGACGUGCAUUAUUUUGGUAGAUUACCGUGUAGAAUCGCGCGGUGGCCGUAGGCCUUCGAUGAAAAUUUGUUAACUGAUUCGCAUUUUUCCGUGUGCA